UGUUGUUGUUUUGUCGUCAUUGUAAAAAAAAAACUGUUGACUUAUUUCUUCGCAUCUAAUAUAGGUUUUCUUGCAGCGGGGAAACUUUAACUGAUACAAAAGUAGAAUACAGUGUUUACAGAAGCUGAAUUUACGCACUCCGGUGUCAACCAUGUUCGAGUCUACCUUCAAGAAUUUCAGUAUUAAUUUUAACGCGUUGAAUGAGAGGAACACAGUGUCCAGUGGGGACAUCCUGACUGGAAACAUCACCUUCAAACUCACCAAGGAAACCAAGAUCUCUGCAAUAACCAUGAAACUCAUAGGAAAGGCUCAUGUGCACUGGUCCACUUCAGGAGGAGGAGGGAGGAAGAGACGGAGGCACCGGAGACAUUUUUCAGCCAAACUGGAGUUUUUCGACCUGAAAAGUGUCAUAUUGAAAGAAGACGGUGCUCUUGGUGGGACUACUAAACUUCUGCCUGGAACUCAUGUAUAUCCGUUCACAUGUCAGAUCCCACAUGGAAAUUUCCCAACCAGCUUCCAUGGGGUUCAUGGAAAAAUAGACUACGUCAUUACAGUGGGUAUUAGCAGGCCAUGGCAUCUUUCCAAGGACUUUUUAACAGAGCUGAAUUUUGUAAACCAUAUUAAUACCAACCAGCCAGAGCUGUGGGCUCCUCUUUCAGGGCACAAUAGUACGACCCUGUGCUGCCUGUGGUGCGCCUCAGGUCCCAUCGAAUUCACAGCCACUGUGGAAAAGAAAGCCUUCACACCUGGUGAGACUGUGAAGGUGAUAUGCGACAUAAGUAAUGCUUCAACUCGAACAGCUACGCCAAAGGUGAAACUGCUGCAGAAACAGUCGUUCUUCACCCACAGCGGAUCCAGGAACAUUGUGGAUAAAACGUUAACUUCACAGACUGGAGAGCCCAUCAGUACUACCUCCUCUGAUGUGCACACUGAGAUCCUGAUCCCCAUCCCCCCCUCUGCCCCACUCACCAUCUCCAACUGCAGCAUUCUGCGCGUCGAUUACACUAUCGAGGCAAGCCUCUGCUUGAGCGCCGCUGCUGACGUCACUGUGAUCUUUCCUAUCAUUCUUUAUAGUAUUCCUACGCAUAAUCUUCUUCCUCAACUGUGAGUAUUUCCACUGUAUGUUUCAUAGUCCUGUCUCAGUCAGAUAUGUUAGUUUGUAUCUUAUACCUCAGGUCUUUAUUUCCAACUGGUAUCCUCAGGUGCAUAUGUUAUUUUUACAGUUUAAUGUAAAGUUCAGCCAUUAUUUUGUAUUUUUGCCAUCAUAUUUUUAUGAAUAUAUCUGCUCUGCUCUACAUGUUAUGUUGUAUUUCCCAACAUACUUACUUUGGCUAUGUCCCAAGGCUUUAAAAUUUUACAUCUCAGCAGUGACGACUGAUGCCAAACAAAACUGGAUGGAAUAUAACAAUAUGAAUAUGGGAAUAUGAUGUGUGUGAAGAGCCAGGUUUUUGAUAUGUAGCUCAGCUGAUAAUGUGCAUGUUGACAUGAUUUUAAUAUUAGACUGAACUUCAUUUUAGGGUUUUUUGGAGAGAUUAAACUUUCAUAUAACUAGUGAGACCUCAGUGACAACCCCAGAACCACAGACCAGCUGCUCUAAGGGCCCUAUGUGACCGAUGCAUAGCCAAGUGGUGUUUUACCUCUUACCUGAUUAAACUACAGUGCCUUCGCAAAAAUACAGAGGUGGAGGAGAUUAAACACAACAUGGGCGAACAAGACAAAAGUGUUACCUGCAAAAAUCGUGGGAGGUUAAUCCACUUCUACAUAUUGUUUCUAGAGUCCUAAAAGCGUCUAUCUCGCUACAGUCACCAUGGCAACACCAGGCAAACAAAAAUGGACAAGAAAGUACAAACAGCUUUGGUUGGUGUUGGGGUGCACACAUGUAGCCUAAGUGAUGCUUUAGUCGUCCGAUGAGGGCACAGGACGUGAACAUAUUCACACAGUAAUCAAAUAAAUACAGUUAAAAACAGCUUCAGUGAGUGUUAGCAUAAAGAACAGAUCACAAGAUGAGUAUUAGAAUAACUUAUACAUAUUUCCUGAGCCCCUUCUGUGGUAGCUCAGUGCUCAAAAUGUGCGAAGUGCUAAUGCUAUUUGCUAAUGUGUGUGUACAAAGGGGAUAAUAGAGAAAGUUAGCUUUAACCUUAAGCUUAUAUUUAUAUAUUUCUAAGUUAUAUUUGUAGUAGUAACCCUUCCUCUGGUAAUUUUAACCUUCAAAGACUUUUGGUGACCAAAAGCAUGUACUGUCCUAAAAUGUCUUAAUAACUUUUGCAUCACUAAGCUAUCAUCCCACUUAAAUAAUUCAGGCAAAUGGAGUUUCUCAGCUUUUCACUGAUAUCAGAUAUGACCCAUUUGGAUGUUCAGAGGCUCCAUAAUAAAGAUGAAAACACCAUCAUCUUCUGAAACAUUGAUUCACCAGCAAAUCACAUGUAGUUUGACCAAUGUAGAGGUUGUAGAUGCUUGCUUUUAUAUUCAGUUAGUGAUAUAU